CCACCUCUCCUCGUGCUGGUCGCCAAUCCCCAAAAGCACAGCCUCUGUUCCCUCAAGAUCGCUGUCUGGCUGAGCUUCCACCCCCACCAACAUGGUGGUUUCCAGACCUCUCGGAGCCCGGGGUGGGGGCUGUCUCUGGAGCCUCAUCCUCCUGUUCCUUCUGGUUUCCACAGUCUCCAUCAAUGGUGCCAAGAUCCCUGCGCCCCCUGACUGCGGGAAGCCCCAGCUGCUGAACCGGAUCGUGGGCGGGGAGGACAGCAUGGAUGGCGAGUGGCCUUGGGUUGUGAGCAUCCGGAAAAACGGCACCCACCACUGCGCAGGUUCCCUGCUCACCAACCGCUGGGUGGUCACCGCCGCCCACUGUUUCAAGGGUGACCUAGACCAGCUGGAUCUGUUCUCUGUGCUGCUGGGGGCCUGGCAACUGGGGACUCCAGGCCCCAGGGCCCAGCAGGUGGGCAUUGCCUGGGUGCUGCCCCAUCCCCAGUACUCUUGGAAGGAAGCAGCCCGUGCAGACAUCGCGCUGGUGCGCCUUGAACACCCCAUUCAGUUCUCUGAGCGAGUCCUGCCUAUCUGCCUGCCUGAUUCCUCAGUCCAGCUCCCUGCCAAUACCAGCUGCUGGAUUGCAGGAUGGGGGACCAUCAGGGAAGGAGCUGUGUUUCAGUCAGACAGACAGACAGAACUAAUCACUGACCCCUGGAAGGAGUCUGGAAGGAGGCCAGUGUGGGGCCUAUCUAACAAUGCUCUGCCCUACCCACAGACUCUACAGAAGCUGAAGGUGCCCAUCAUCGACUCAGAGGUCUGCAGCCACCUGUACUGGCGUGGAGCAGGGCAGGACGCCAUCACAGAAGACAUGCUGUGCGCUGGCUACCUGGAGGGGCAGCGGGAUGCCUGUGUGGGCGACUCCGGGGGUCCCCUGAUGUGCCAGGUCAAUGAUGCCUGGCUGCUGGGCGGCAUCAUCAGCUGGGGCGAGGGCUGUGCAGAGCGUAACCGGCCAGGCGUCUACACCAGCCUCCUGGUCCAUCGCUCCUGGGUACAGAAGGUCGUGCAAGGGGUGCAGCUCCGUGGGCGCAGGGUGCGCACCCCAUGCUCCCUGGCGGCCAGGCGCUCCUAGAAGCUCGGAACUUGCAGUUCACCCGCGGCUUCCUCUGUUGUAAAUACUCGGAUUACCUCUUGGAGGCGCCCGAGGUCCGCGCGGGAUCUGGGAAGCCACGCCCACCCCACGCUCCGCCCCGGGCAGCGGGUGCCUGGUGUAAAUACAAUAUAUGUUCCUGAUUUUUACAGUUAUUUUUAACUAUGCCUAUAUAUUUAU